AUGUGGAUUCUUGAGUCAACAGGGGACUUUCUGGAUGGGAAGCGGGUGUGGCUGCGUCCCGGCAAGAAGUACUUAUUUGGUCGAAUCCGGCAAGAUGGAGUUCGCCACGCGAUUCAGCACACUUCGAUAUCACGCAAGCAUAUGAUCAUCGAAGUCUCCCCCGUCAAACCCCGCGAUGGAACUCGUACCCAUGCCAGAUCCGAGGUUUCUGUGACUGAUCUAGACUCGAAGUGCGGGACCUUCGUUAACAGCGAACAAAUUCAAGGACAAUGCAAACUGGCGGGCGACGAACACAGUAUCAAUCUAGGCCGCUAUCAACAUGCUUUGCGUAUCCACUGGGAGCCGGUUGUACUUAGUUUCUCGUUCUCUUCCAAGGAGAUGAAGACAGAGGACCCUCUUGCCCGUGUCUGCUCUCGACUCGAGGACCUCGAUAUCAAGACGAUAAUCCCUUAUAUUGUCGGCCAAACCACCCAUGUCGUCCAAAGCAAGCGUAAUACGGCCAAGGGCCUGCAAGCACUGAUCAACGGCAAAUACAUUGUCCAGGACUCCUACAUUGAUGCACUUGUCUAUGCGGCCACCCCAGGUGACCUGGAGAAUUUUGAAUCGUUAUCACCUCUCGAGACCGAUUUCGAUGCCGCGUGGCCAGACCCUACGGAACACCUUCCACCCGCCGGCAAGGAACCUAUCAAUCGCCCCGCCGCAGCGUUUGCCCCGAAUCCGGGGCGUAUCAACAUCUUCGAGGAAUAUACUUUCGUUUUCGGGGACACAGCACAAUUCAAAAACCUUCAGGCACCGAUCACCAAUGGCCAGGGAAAGGCGCUCUUCUAUCAAGUGGAAGACGGAGUGACCACCGCCGCUGAGUUAGUACAGUUCAUGAGGAACGCAACAGGACCCAAAGGGAUGGGCAGUGAUCGAGAAGGACAUGGAGGUGUGGUUCUUGUGCGGUUUCGAUCCAAGGGUCGAUACGAGCCAUGGUCUAUCGAGGUUGGCAAUGAAGUCGCCUUGAUGACAGACCAACGUGUGAUUGAGCAGAGAGAAUUCCUUGACGCCAUCCUGGAGAGUGACGCUUCUCCCCUCUGUCGCCCGCUUCCCAGCGAGGACAGACCAAGUCAGGUCUCUAUCUCAGCACCAGCACCCGAGCCAUCACAAGCCUCGAGAAGUAGCGAUCCCGGCCGUCCGUCCACCUCGCCGCAGCCUGAAUUCACCCAGGCGCCCACAGCACGCGCGAAGGGUCCUCGAGUUCGCAGCUUUGUGAGUAAGAUGAAAACAUUUGAUGAUGGCUUUGACAUGGAGUCUGUGCCGAUAUAUACUUCAGCUGAAGAUGAGGGUCCCACCAAUGCCCCCCAAGAACAAGCGGAAGAAGAUGCCGUGUCAAGUCUGCUGCCGGGAGCACGGGCCAUGAAGCGACGCCGUGCGGAGAUGACCCAGCACCGCCCGGAUGCUGAUCCCACACCCGCAGAACCGGAGGCUGCUCCAAAACGCAAGCGGCCCAAGCUAGAUGUUUUGGAAGCCGCGCGCAAGCACCGUGAAGAGGAAGAACAACAGCGACAAGUGGAAGAAGAUCCUCACGCUUCCUCCGCCGACAUCGACGUCGGACAGUUGAAAAACCUGGCCAUCGUGGAAGAAAUGGAAAUUCCAGUCCGAAACUCGCCGGUCCAUAUUGAUGGUAGUUCUGGCCGAUGGGAUGAAAAAUGGAAUGGCCGCAAGAAUUUCAAGCGCUUUUGUCGAAAAGGUGAACCGCAAUAUGCCCGGCAGCGCGUGCAGACCGUGAUUGUCCCGUUGGAGGAGACCACCCGCAAGGACUUCGGGAUCGGAGACCACUACUGGACCAGUGAAAAAUCCCCCGAUACCAGCCAGCCCGCCGAUCGAGGCCACAGUCGCGAUGAGGCAACCCCAUCGCAGCCUGCCGCAUCCCCGGAUCCGACCCCGGAUCCGCGCCCGGCUCCGACGCGUCAGAAACGGCCACGCGAGGUACGCGAUUCCGACAGUGAGGAUGAGCUCCGCUUCCGAUUCAGGCGCAGGCGCUACGCACUGUCUCACCGGUCCUUGAAUAUUCGAUCCCCCAUAUUAGCAGACAUCAUGGGCAUCAUCCACAUCAUCAUGUUCCAAAUGAAGGCAGACGCCGAUCCCGUCAAGCUGCAGGAGUUCUGCAACACCAUCCUCGGCCUGAAAGACCGAUGCCGUAAACCCAAUACACAGCAGCCAUAUAUCCAGACCCUACGAGGCGGAGAGGAUAUCAGCCCGGAAAACAUCCAGUACGGCAUCACGCAUGUCUUCAUGAUGGAAUUCACUAAUGACGAGGACUGGCUGUAUUUCUUGCACCAGGAUCCGAUCCACCUCGAGCUGAAACAAGCCGGCACAGUCGUUAAACCCCAGGAAGUGGAUAUUCGGAUCGGAGUAAAAAAGGGCAUCUUGUCUCAUUUUCACUGG